GCUCUCUGGCGGGCCCGGAGGAGGCGAACCCUGGUGCCCGAGAUGGCAGCUGCCCUGCUCAUGGCUGGGUCCCAGGCACCUGUGACAUUUGAAGAUAUGGCCAUGUACCUCACCAGGGAGGAAUGGAGACCUCUGGACUCUACCCAGCGAGACCUUUACCGGGAUGUCAUGCAGGAGAGUUACGGAAAUGUUGUCUCCUUGGAUUUUGAAAUUAGGAGUGAGAACGAGGUAAAUCCAAAGCAAGAGAUGAAUGAAGAUGUAGAAUUUGGGACAGCAUCUGAAAGGCCUGUUGGAAAUGCUGAGGAAAAUGCUGAAAGUGAAGAGGUCUUUGAAAAUGGGGAUAGGUCAGAAAGACAGUGGGGAGAUCUCACAGCAGAAGAAUGGGUAAGCUAUCCUCUCCAACAGGUCACCGACCUGCUGGCCCACAAAGAAGUCCACACAGGGAUCCAAUAUCACAUAUGUUCUCACUGUGGAAAGGCCUUCAGUCAGAUCUCAGACCUGAAUCGACAUCAGAAAACCCACACUGGAGACAGACCCUAUAAAUGUUAUGAAUGUGGGAAGGGCUUCAGCCGUAGCUCACACCUUAUUCAGCAUCAAAGAACACACACUGGGGAGAGGCCCUAUGACUGCAAUGAGUGUGGGAAAAGUUUUGGAAGAAGCUCUCACCUCAUUCAGCAUCAAACAAUCCACACAGGGGAGAAGCCUCACAAAUGUAACGAGUGUGGGAAAAGUUUCUGCCGACUCUCGCACCUGAUCCAGCACCAAAGGACCCACAGUGGGGAGAAGCCCUAUGAGUGCGAGGAGUGUGGAAAAAGCUUCAGCCGGAGCUCGCACCUGGCUCAGCACCAAAGGACGCACACAGGCGAGAAACCUUAUGAGUGUAAUGAAUGUGGGCGGGGCUUCAGCGAGAGAUCUGAUCUGAUCAAACACUACCGAGUCCACACGGGGGAGAGACCCUACAAGUGUGAUGAAUGUGGGAAGAAUUUCAGCCAGAACUCUGAUCUGGUCCGCCACCGCAGAGCCCACACGGGAGAAAAGCCAUACCACUGCAACGAGUGCGGAGAGAACUUCAGCCGCAUAUCCCACCUGGUGCAGCACCAGCGAACCCACACGGGGGAGAAGCCCUAUGAGUGCAACGCCUGUGGGAAAAGCUUCAGCCGGAGCUCGCAUCUCAUCACCCACCAGAAAAUCCACACGGGAGAGAAGCCCUACGAGUGUAACGAGUGUUGGCGAAGCUUUGGUGAGCGAUCUGAUCUAAUUAAGCACCAGAGAACGCACACGGGGGAGAAGCCCUACGAGUGUGUGCAGUGUGGAAAAGGUUUCACCCAGAGCUCCAACCUUAUCACACACCAGCGAGUUCACACGGGAGAGAAGCCCUACGAAUGUACAGAGUGCGAGAAGAGUUUCAGCCGGAGCUCAGCUCUUAUUAAACACAAGCGAGUUCAUACGGAUUGAGUUCCGUAAUUGUGACUGCAAAUGGAUUUCCUCGGAAGGUACAGUUUGAUGUUAUCCAGGAGCCCCUUCAAGGCUUCCUCAAUGACUUUAGUGACUUUCUUAGUUGAAGCCACUGUUUAAAAUACCAAAUGAGAUGUGCCAUUCGGAUUUGGGACCAUUAUCUCCUCCGGAAUAAUAAUUUGUAUUCACUCCAUGGAUUACCCCCUUCAAGAUCAGCCCCCACAAGUAAUUGGAAACCUGAAGACCACAGGACAAAUACUGCUGAAUGCUCGGGGUAGAAAUGGAAUAAAUCUUUCAGUUAUUCUGCUCAUCCUGGGCCCAAAGAAUUCCGUCCAUAGAAAUAUGGGAUUGCAAUAGGGUGGUGGUCAUGGCCACUUCGGGAAAAGGCAGCCAGAGGCUGGGCCUCAGCUGCCACACCUGUUCACACACACCAUAGUAGUUGGGCACAUGCAUCUUCCCACCCAAAGGGCUUUUUUUUUUUCUUGAGUCAUUCACACAUUGCUAUUACUCCAUCUUCCUGAGAGCAGAAUUCUGCACGAUGAAGGCAGUGAUUGUUAACUUUCUUCCUUCUCAUUGUUUGUGAUUAACUUGUUUAAAGCUUGCAUCUUUGUGAAAGAUAACUGAAGAUAUUAUGUGAGAGAAAAGAUGAGACAUAGGUUUGGGGACCAUGGACCCAUCAAUGUGGUAACUUUAGGGUUUAUCAAAUAUAUACAUGUUCUUUGGAAAACACUUCAGGGUACAUUGUGAGGGGAAGAUCUUUUCAAGGAGAAAUAGGACCAUACGUUGUGGUGUGUGAGGGGCAAGUGGGAUUGACCACUUCAGGGAAGGAAGUGCAGAGUCCUUUCCCAGGGACCAUGGGUCAUUUCUAUGUCCUUUCCCCCAUAGUCUUGAGGUUCCGUUCUCCCUGUAUUGCUAACUCUAGGAUUUCAUAAGGACCACAUCCCAGUGUUUAUCUUAGCUUGCAUAAGGGCAUGUAUACUUAACAGUGAAAUGUGUAUUCCUGUGGUUUUUUUCUCAUAGCAGAAACUGAAUUUGCACAGAAUUAGCAUGCUCUUGGGUGAUGUGGAUCAUGUGACAGAACUGCAGACAUAACUCCAAUGUGAGAAAUGUCUUAGUGUUCAUUCUUAUGAAAAAAAUUUAACACUAAUGCUCAAGUGUGCACUGUCCUGUAAGCUUUGUCUGUGUAUAGAACUAAGCCUUUGUUUGUAUGCAUCCUUCAAUUAUGGAGAUAAUGACUGGGCAGAUAGGUUGGAUGUCCUAUUCCCAGACUGAAUUAUGUUCCAUGGUUUUGAAGAACUCUGGCUUGUCAGAAGAAUUAAUAAACCUAAAUAAGAAUGUAUUUCUAACCUCCCAAACUACAGCUAUAAAUGGUUAAAGUAGGAGCCAACCUGUUUUAAGCCCAGUAGUGUCCGUUCUCUUUAUCUCAGCUGGAGUAGGAACUAAGAAAUACUGUAAAUGUUAACGCUUAUUCAGCCUUGUAGUGGUGGGAGUAAACUGGUAUCUAGGAGACAGAAUUGGAGUAAGGAAUAUGUUUUCAGAGUACCCUGGUUUAUUGCUACUGUGCUUCACUCCGAAUGCUGUAACAUUUAAAAAAAAAAAAAAGUCUUUGCAACAGCUAUUUUGGGAUCUGGUGUGAAAGGUGCCACUGGUCAGUUCUGUGAUACACAAUAGUGAGCUGUACACUACAGUGGCCUACAGCUGAGUGAGACUCCAUCACUUGCAAGGGACACAGCUUUGAAGAUAACAGAACACCCCUACCAAGAGGGCGUCCUUCACGUUUGCCACCCUUUCCAUCCAGGGUCAAGCAGAAGUUAUGCUUUUGUCAUUCUGACUGGGUAUUCAUACUUUGUUGGGUGACAUAUGUAGUCUUGGUAACCUAGAAGCGACUAUGUCUUUUUCCAUAUCAGUGUUGCUGAUGGUUUUAAUUGAUAUCAAGGUUGUCUAGAAGCUUCUGUCAGCCACUGCAGCAGGAGGCUUGGGAGUGGCCCUGGAAGGCAGGAGCUUCUUGACCUAAUUAUUACCACAUUCCCUCUUUUCCCUGCUCUCUCGCUGCACCCCAACUUGUUCCUGCUGCUGUUUUUUUGGCUCCUUAGUAGCAAAGGGUUCAAGAAGAGGAUGCUGAGUACCCAUCUCCAUGUACAUAUGCACUUCCGCGGGGAAGUGAGAAGGGCCAGGUCUGCACCUGCCCUGCUUCUCUGUCCUGCCCAUUGCUGGCCAUCUGCUGCACUGGUCUUUGUGCAGAAGUUAAGUAGGCUGUUUUUGCUGAUGCUUUUUGCAUGCUUUCUGCUCCCAAGCCCUGCCUGCUUCUUGCACACACCCUGAACACUCGGUGCCUGCUUCCUAUGGUUGUGGAGGGAGAAUGACCACAUAAGAAUGUAGAGCAGUUUUCCUAUGGUAUCGGUUACAGUUAUCCCAAUGUCUAUCUACAGCUGUAUUAUUCUAACAAUAUUCUAUAAUUAAAAGUAUAAUUUUUAAAAUAAAAAA